AUGACUGCAAGGAUGCAGGGAGCGACCGGCCAGGACAAACCAGGGGACAAACCAGCGCCAAAGAGCCGCGCAACAGAGAUGAAGGGGAGAGUCAGAAGAGCUCUGUGGCUGGUUCUAGGCAUGCUCAGCCUGUCCCUGCUGCUGGUGGUGCAGGGAGUCUACACGACCACCCGGACAGAGAGCCUGAGUGUGUCCGGCUACAUCUCUGGAGUUAUUCUGACCCUUGGAUCGUUCCUAGGACUUCUGGGACUGCGCCUGGAAGAAAACCGCAAACAGCUGCUCACGGCUGCUAUCGUGUUUCUCAGCCUCGGGGUCAUCACCUCUUCCCUGUGCCUGCUGGUCGAUGGCGUCUGUAUUGUCUUUAACAUGGACAUGCGACCACUGAAAGCAAACCGAUGCCAGUACUACAGCAGCGGCAGCAGCUACAUCUACGAGAACUUCUACACCUCUGUGUCAUGUUGGAGUCCAAAGGAGACCUGUAGCAUGACAGUACGGAGUGGGACCUGCUACUGCUGCGACCUGUACGACUGCGCCAAUGGAGACUACCUCAGCAACUACUACGAGUUUGUUGGAGUACGAAGCUGUGAGGAAGUUUUCACUCUGUACAUUUUGAUCUGGAUUCUGAGCGGCCUGAACCUCGUGGCCUUGUUCACAGGCAUUCUUACUACAGCCGUGCUUGGCAGCAUCAAGGACCUGAGGAGCAGCAGCCCUGAGACCUCAGCUUCUCUCCCGACAGCUCCUCUUCUGAUGAACGGCAGCACAUGCACAGUUCACCAGCUCCACCCAGGAGCCUCGAUGUAUUUCCCUCCAGCUGAAGGGACGGCUGUCUCACACAGUUUUCCUCCGUCAUCAUCGUCCAUCGAGUCCAACCCUCCUCCCUUCGCCCCGCUGACCAGCCUGCUGCCCUACAAGGUCAACGGCGUCUCAGCAUGAGCCCCGGCAGCAGCAUUUCACCAGAACACGACCAGAAAACAUAACUCACAAACAUCAGUGUAAAAUCAUUGUGGCCUAUAUAUUAGUGAAGUUCCUGAAUCUGAAUAUGUAAUGUGAUAGAUGGAGGCAUACAGUCAUUGAAAAAAUGACCAGACCAGCUGAUAUCUUGA